CGCUGCCGCGCUCGCUGCUUGCUCGUCUCGUCCGCCGCCGGCCCGGCCCGGCCGCUGCCCCGCCAUGAGCGACAAGGGCGAGCUGGACCUCACCGGGGCCAAGCAGAACACGGGCAUGUGGCUGGUGAAGGUCCCCAAGUACUUGUCACAACAAUGGAGUAAAGCUUCAGGAAGAGGUGAAGUGGGAAAACUAAGGAUUGUCAAAAAUCAAGGAAGAACAGAGGUGUCAUUUACUUUGAAUGAAGAGCUUGCAAGCAUCAAUGAUAUUGGAGGAAAGCCUGCUUCAGUCAGUGCACCCAGGGAACAUCCAUUUCUUCUGCAAAGUGUGGGAGGACAGACCUUAACAGUGUUCACAGAAACUUCAGUAGAAAACCAAUCAGAAGAAAAAUCAGAGAGUGGCAGUGCUGAUAAACUUGCCCUGGAAGGAAUAGUGGUGCAACGUGCCGAAUGCAGACCUGCAGCUAGUGAAAAUUAUAUGAAGCUGAAAAGAUUACAGAUAGAAGAAUCUUCUAAACCUGUGAGGUUAUCACAGCAGCUGGACAAAGCUGUAACCACAAACUAUAAACCAGUGGCUAAUCAUCAGUAUAAUAUUGAAUAUGAGAAGAAGAAGAAAGAAGAUGGAAAACGAGCUCGAGCUGAUAAACAACAAGUGUUGGACAUGCUUUUUUCAGCCUUUGAGAAACAUCAGUAUUACAAUAUUAAAGACCUGGUGGACAUAACCAAACAGCCAGUGAUAUACUUGAAAGAAAUUUUGAGAGAAAUAGGCAUCUACAAUGUGAAGGGGACCCACAAAAACACAUGGGAGCUGAAGCCGGAAUACAGACAUUACCAAGGAGAGGAAAAGAGUGAUUAACAGAAAUAUUUAUGAUGUAAGAGAGAUUGCACUGAGGAAGCUGUGGUGUUUACAGACAGGACUGAGCACAGUGCAAUUCUGUAAGGAUAAAGAUAAAUUAAAGCAGCUGAUACUUUGUAAUUUUCUGUAGCCUUUUUUCCCCAAGGAAUAUUUCUUGUAUGUUUCUAUAUAUGCUUUGUCUUUUGACAGGAAAAGUUUAUAGAUUAAACUUGUAUUAGAGGUAUCUUUAUUAGAAAUCUUUUGAGUUCUCCUCUUACCUUUUCUUGGUAGUUUUGUGGCUUUUCCAAGCCUCGGUAACUUUGAUGGAAAAUGUGUCUUAGAGGAACCCAUAACUUUGUGGGUUUGCAUUCCAGUGUAAGCAGGUUAAUAACCUUGGUUCUCCUGGGGUCUGUCAGGGCUUCAUCUGGAAGCCUGCAAAUGUGCAUAACCCUUUGUGCAGUGUUUGUGUGGAAUGGACAGGAUGCUCCUCUUGGUAUCAGGCUUUGGGGAAAAACAGCCACAACCAUGGUGCUCAUCACAAUCCUUAGACUCCCUGGGAACAAACCAAUGCAGUUAAAAACCCAUAAAAUCUGUGGGAAGAUGUCAGUCCCCUCCAUGUGAUUACUGAGAAAAAAAAAAUGAAACAGAAAUGUCUGUAAGGUACAGCAAGGAAUAGUUUUAUCUUUUGUUUGAUUUUUAUGCUGUUACCAUACUGUUUAAGUAUAUCAAUAAAAAUA